AUGUACGAGCUCUGUCCCUGCCAUACAGAAAUCGUCAUCCUUACUUACAGGGAACAGGGUUUAUACAGCAUCUUUCGCUUUCUUCGAAGCCCUAUGGGAGGUAAAAUACAACAAGGCGGCGUCAGCCAUGUCUUCGUCAACCUGGGAUCCGACCAUCCCUCCAUCCUCGAAGCAAUGGUAAAAGGCCAAAAAGAAAAGAAAGACCAAUUUCCUACGAUAAUCACCUGUCCCAAUGAAAUGGUCGCGCUCUCCAUGGCCGACGGCUACGCUCGCCUCACCGGAAAACCCCAGGCAGUAAUUGUCCACGUCGACGUUGGCACGCAAGGACUAGGAGCAGCCGUGCACAACGCCUCAUGCGGACGCGCACCGGUUCUGAUCUUUGCCGGUCUGUCGCCGUACACGAUUGAGGGUGAGAUGCGAGGAUCUCGCACAGAAUAUAUUCAUUGGAUUCAAGAUGUCCCGGACCAGAAGCAGAUUGUCUCGCAGUAUUGCCGAUACUCCGGUGAGAUUAAGACUGGCAAGAACAUCAAACAAAUGGUGAAUCGGGCUUUGCAGUUUGCCACGAGUGACCCCCAAGGCCCUGUUUACCUUGUUGGGGCUCGAGAGGUGAUGGAAGAGGACAUUGAGCCGUAUCAGUUGAGUCAAAAUGUCUGGGGUCCUGUUUCUCCGGCCGCAUUGCCAAGUUCUGGUGUUGAGAUGAUUGCGACUGAGCUUGCGGUUGCGAAGCGGCCCCUUGUUAUUGCUGGUUAUAGUGGACGGAAGGCUCAAGCGGUUAUUGAGCUGGUGACGUUGGCGAAUAACUUCAAGGGAAUCCGGGUGCUUGAUACUGGCGGUAGUGAUAUGUGUUUUCCAGCUGAUCACCCAGGCUGGUUGGGAUUGAGAUAUCCUGGACAUGAGGCCGUCAAAACGGCAGACUUAAUUAUUGUGAUUGACUGUGAUGUACCGUGGGUUCCAACACAGUUCAAGCCGUCACCAUCGGCAAAGAUUAUUCACAUCGAUGUCGACCCUCUGAAGCAGCAGAUCCCGGUCUUCUAUAUCCAUUCCAUGGCGACAUUCCGUGCCGACUCUUCUACAGCAUUGAAGCAGAUCAAUGACCAUGUUGCUGCGCAGGGGUCUCUGCAGAGGUUCAUUGCAUCAACGGAGAAUACCACUUUGGGGCAACUUCGAGAUAAAGAAUACUCCAAGCGCCGACAGGAGAUCGCCGAUUUGGCCAUCGUCCCUGAGGGUGGUGAUGGAGCCUCCUUGAACAUCAAUUAUCUCAUGGCACAGGUCCGCCAGGGUGUCCCAACCGACACGAUCUGGGCCAUCGAAUCUGUAACCAAUACCCACUGGGUUGCAGAUCAAGUCUCAGCUACCCUACCUCAAUCCUGGAUCAACUGCGGAGGCGGCGGACUAGGCUGGUCAGGCGGUGGUGCACUAGGCAUCAAGCUAGCCAGUGAUGUGCAGCACGGCGGGCCAGGGAAGGGCAAGUUCGUCUGUCAAGUUGUUGGAGAUGGCACGUUCCUUUUUUCGGUCCCUGGGUCAGUGUACUGGAUUGCGCGUCGCUAUGGGAUCCCCAUUUUGACCAUAGUCUUGAACAAUAAGGGCUGGAAUGCCCCUCGGCGAAGUAUGCUUCUUGUUCAUCCCGAGGGUGACGGUUCCCGCGCUACCAACGAAGAUCUCAAUAUCUCCUUUGCCCCUACACCUGAUUAUCCUGGCAUCGCUACUGCUGCGGCGGGUGGUGAGGUUUGGGGUGGUCGUGCAGCCACUGUUGCUGAGCUUGCCCAGAAGCUCCCUGAGGCUAUCCAGAGUGUUUUGAGUGGGAAGUCAGCAGUGCUGGAAGCACAACUGGACGGCACCACAGGAAAAUAUGUGGAAAGCUCCAAGCUUUGA